AUGCUCAUGCCGGGCUCUGGCUCGGUCCAGAAUAAUGUCACGCCCAGCAGUACUCCAUCGCAAAGACGGCUUCCACUUAUGGCUAUGGACCAAAGUCCAUGGCCGGUGAUGCUUCCACGGAAUGAUACUGAUCAACCCCCCUUGGAAACAGCUGGUAGGUCGUGGUUCUCCGAUGAUCGGUUGCUGCGACUGUACUAUGAGAACUUUCAUGUCGCGCAUCCCAUCCUGGUGCCGAGCUCCUCAUAUAACGACCGGAACUACCCUUAUUUUCUCCAGCUGGUGGUAAACUUCGUGGGGUCUCACUACAUUCCGUCCAGUCCCAGACAGCAGUACAAGGACAAAGUCGCUAUGGAGCUGGCCUCCAAUCCAGACCGGUCGCCAUGUAUGGUUCAGGCGUGGUUGAUCUACUCUAUAGCCCUGUAUUCUCGUGGGGAAUGGUCUGAAGCUCAAACAGCAUUUUCAAAUGGCAUCGAGAUUGCUCUCGAGCUCGGCAUGAACCGAUGGGAAUUCGCUUCGACUUCACAACCAGAACGAUCACUGGAAGCAGAGAGUAUGCGACGAACGUGGUGGGAGCUAUAUAUUGUCGAUAUAUAUAUGGCUGUUCCGCUCAAAACCAUCACAUUUCGCUGCGGUACUGUGCCACCGGAGGUGGGGUUGCCUUGUGAGGAGUCGGAGUAUAAUGGUGGUUGCGACGUUCCCAAACCUCGAAUGAUCCUCGAUUUCAAGCGGAGAGUCUUUGCUCCCGAAGAGACCGUCUUUUCAUCAUUCAGCUACCGCAUUGACGCCACAACGAUCUUAUGUCGGGUCUUAGUGCUGAACCGGCUGCGCGAGUGUCACCGCGAUCACCUUCAAGCGGUGGAGAAUGCGCUGGUCAGCUGGAUCAACCACCUCCCACCCAAAAAGCUGGAUAUCGUCGAUCCAUACGGGAAUGUGGAUGAGAUGAUGUUCCAAGCACAUCUGACGAUCGCCUACGCCGCGAUGCUACUGCAUCUGCCCCGGAGUGAUCUCCAGCCUAUCUUGUCACAACCCGACGACCGGUUCUGGCCUGGAGCACCGGCCCAUCUAUCGUCGACUUUCACCCGUCUCGUGCACAGCAUCAAAGCCACCGAAGCAUCAAGGCGCAUGUCGGAUUCCAUUUCCAUUUGUCCGAAUAUCUCGAAACACACCCCCUUCGUCAUUCCGGCAUUGGCGCUGUGCGGGAUGAUCCAGAUCGCCACAUCCACUAGCCACUCGGAGGAGUGUUUUGAUCACCACUGCAACCGCGUAACCCUGAUUCUCGGGUGCUUGAAAAGCACCAAGCGAACGUGGAACCUGGCCGAGGCCGCCUACCACUGUGUCCGGUCAUCUGCAUCUGAUAUCUUGUCGGAUUCGAUGGAGAAACAGAAUGCAGAGCCCCUGGAUAGACUGAUUCCGACACAGCAAACCCCGAGUGACCCCGAGCGGACUACUCCGGCCACACGAGCCGUCCCAAAUGUCAUGGAUGGGCAUGAUCUCGUGCUCCCGGAGCUGUCGCCGGCGUUCCUAGACCCGACUUGCUACAAUGCUUCAUUUUUCAGUGCCAUGCCUGAAUUUGACAUUAAUUAA